UUCUAGGUAAUUACUGCUCUGAAUCUUUUGACAUUCUCUCUUCUCUCCUCCUUUCCCAGACUGUUUCUGCACACCAGAAAACAUGGCGGAGGUUCGGGUCGGUUCUGGGAAGGUGGCCCUCUUCUGCCAGGAAGCGCCCAGGGGCGUCACCUACCGCAUCCCGGCCUUACUGUACCUGCCCCGCGAGUCCAUGUUCCUGGCCUUUGCGGAGAAGCGCUCAUCGUUCAAGGAUGAAGAUGCUGAAUUCCUGGUGAUGAGACGAGGGCGUAAGGAGGGGGCGUCUGUCCAGUGGGGCCCUCAAGAGCCCCUGACGACCGCCAUUUUGCCCGGCCACCGCACCAUGAACCCUUGCCCCGUGUAUGAGAAGAAGAGGGGCAGAGUUUUCCUGUUCUUUAUCUGCGUACGGACACACGUCACGGAAUGGCAGCAGAUCAGGUCGGGGAGGAACGCCGCCAGGCUGUGCUACGUCUCGAGCCAAGAUGGUGGACGUACAUGGAGCCAGUUGACUGAUUUGACCGAUCAGGUGAUUGGAGAGGACUUGAGAAAUUGGGCCACCUUUGCCGUCGGGCCUGGCCACGGAUUGCAGACAAGCUCGGGGCGCCUGGUGAUUCCAGCUUACACCUAUUACAUCCACAAACGUUGCUUUGGCCAUUCUCUCCUGUGCUGGACUAAGCCACAUUGCUUCCUCUUCUAUAGUGAUGACCUUGGGCAGAAAUGGGUCCAAGGCCAACUCCUCAAGAACCUGAGGACAACAGAGUGCCAAGUCGCAGAAGUCACCUGCCAGGGGGAAAACCAAGUUCUGUACUGCAGCGCUCGCAGUCCGGACAAGAGCCGCGUCGAGGCCUUCAGCCUGGACCACGGAGACCGAUUUGAGGAAUCUUUCCUAUGCAAGGAACUCUGCGAGCCGCCCAAGGGCUGCCAGGGCAGUGUCGUGAGCUUCACUCCAACUCUGAAGCCCACGGAGCUGGGCCGAAUAAAAAAUGCAGGGGAAUCGACUCACCUGGUGGGCAUUCAUUUCCCCUCGGCCUCCGCUGAGACCAGCCAGUCUUGGCUGGUUUUCUCCCACCCCACAAACAGGUGCAGACGAGUAAAUUUGGGCAUCUACAUCAACACGUCUCCGCUUGACAAAGGUUGCUGGAAGUCUCCCUGGAUGCUGUACGAAGGGCCUUGCGGCUACUCGGACCUGGCCGUCUGCGAGGAUGGGCGCUCGCUGCUCUUUGGCUGCUUGUUCGAAUGUGGAGCUUCCAGUGAAUGUGAGGAGAUCGCCUUCCAGCUCUUCACCGACGCUGAACUCCUGAGGAACGUGAGGGAAGGGUGUUCUUGUGCGGCUUCUCCUUCAGAAGAGCAGGUGCUCUGAAGAAACAACAAGGAUAUGGAGAGAGAACCUUAUUUGCCUCUCCUGCCUGUCUUUGCUUGGAAGAGCUUCGAGGCAAAGACUUCACAAAAUGGCCGCCCCUCAGCCAACUGGCCCUCCCCAUCUACCUCACUGGAAAGAACACAGAAAAACUGUCGCUUCCACAUCCUUAAGCAGAAAGGGGAGAUCUGGUUUCCAGCAGUUCGAAGAGUCCGUUUAGUAUGAUUUUUUACCUCAGGAUUUGGAGCCGAAGUCUGUCAAUGGAUCACAUAAAAGAGUUGGCCUCUGUCUUGGGACUUGAAACUACCUAGGGCCUCACUGGUGUGAUCUGUUGUCUUCCAUCUUUGGCUUUAUGGUUCUAAAGCUUGUGAAAGAAAAGCUUGAAGUUGGUUGGGCAGACUUGGUGGGAUCUCCGUAGGAGGAGAUGGGCUGAGGCAGACUUUUAUAUUCUGUUCAUUUGUAGCCCGCCUUUCUCUCUGAGACCCUAGGCAGAAAACAAAUCCAUUCAGUUGUUGACUUUGAUAUUUAUACCCUGCUUUUCUCGUCCUUUGGAACAUGAAGUGGCUUACAGUGUUGUUCUCCCCUCCC